AGGUUCUAGUUUCCCUGUGAAAAACUGAGCCUCUGGUAUUUCUCGUGCUUGGAGAUUGCAGGUCUAUGUCUGUUUCCUCUUUUGUCUCCAUUUCAGAGAGGAUUUUGCCUGUAAGGACUCUGGCGGGAGAAGGGAGCAAGCAAAGGGGUGUCGUUCCACAUUGCCAAUGACAAAGCUGAUUGUCAGCUAUUUAUCAGCCUUUUUUCUUUUUUUUUUUUUUUUUUUUUUUUUAUGGCUUGUCUCUGCUGCUUGCCUCUCUAAGCGCAGGGGAGCAGGACAGCGUGAACUCUGCUCUUGACAGCAGCUCAGGUUCUGACACCAUCUGCCACCUAAUCCCCUUCCAAGGAAGGGUCUGACGUCUGUGUGCAUGUGUGUGCACAUAUACUCUCCCCAUGUAGCCAUACAUCAUUUCAGCAGACUCACACUGACCAGCUUGCAAGCGCCAUUUCUUUUACAAGAAUUAGCUUUUGAUACUUCUUCUUUUCUUCCUCCUGCUUUAGAUUUCCCUGAUUGUUUGACAUACUGUGGUGGGAGGCAGGGGAGGGGGCUUAUGAGUUGAAACUGGAGAAGAUUUCCUCAGAAACUGAACACCUCUCUGUUUUCCUGCCUAGCCUGGCUCUCUGAGGUGCUGGACUUUCAGAUUUUUUUUGACUUUUCCUGGAAGUUAUGAGUGUGGGAUGCAUGGAUUUCUUUUGCAAAAGCAGCAUGAAACAGAACAGGUGUAAAUUGUCCGUGCCAGGCUCCUUGGAUAGCUGGAAAGCAAUCUCCAGGUCAGGCCUCCAGCACUUGGCUCCUGUGCAUUCCCUCAACAUUGCAGUCUCCAAUGGACCUGUGAAGGAACCAAGGGCGGCCUUAGAGUGGACUGAAAAUGCUGUGAACGGAGAACAUCUGUGGCUGGAGACAAAUGUUUCUGGGGAUCUCUGCUACCUGGGGGAGGAAAGCUGCCAAGUCAAAUUCUCAAAAUCUGCUCUGCGGAGGAAGUGUGCUGCCUGCAAGAUUGUGGUCCACAAUGCGUGCAUGGAGCAGUUGGAGAAGAUUAAUUUUCGCUGCAAACCAACUUUCCGAGAAGGAGGCUCCAGAUCUCCAAGAGAAAACUUUGUCCGACAUCACUGGGUGCACAGGCGGAGGCAGGAGGGGAAAUGUAAGCAGUGUGGAAAGGGCUUUCAGCAGAAAUUCUCCUUCCACAGUAAAGAGAUUGUGGCCAUCAGUUGUUCCUGGUGCAAGCUGGCGUUUCAUAACAAAGUCACUUGUUUCAUGCUACAUCACAUUGAGGAGCCAUGUUCCCUGGGGGCUCACGCUGCUGUCAUUGUGCCUCCCACCUGGAUCAUUAAGGUGAAGAAACCUCAGAACUCAUUAAAGACUUCAACACGGCGAAAGAAGAGAACAUCUUUUAAAAGAAAAGCCAGCAAAAGAGGCAAUGAAGAUAACAAAGGUCGGCCAUUUGUGAUAAAGCCUAUCUCCUCUCCACUCAUGAAGCCGCUGCUGGUUUUUGUCAAUCCAAAAAGUGGAGGGAAUCAGGGCACCAAGGUUCUCCAAAUGUUUAUGUGGUAUUUGAAUCCACGCCAGGUCUUUGAUCUCUCUCAGGAUGGGCCAAGAGAUGCGCUGGAGCUGUACAGAAAAGUGCCAAACCUGCGGAUCCUGGCCUGCGGCGGGGACGGGACGGUGGGCUGGAUCCUCUCCAUCCUUGAUGAGCUGCAACUCAGCCCCCCGCCGCCUGUGGCUGUCCUUCCGCUGGGCACCGGGAAUGACCUUGCCCGCACCCUCAACUGGGGUGGGGGUUACACCGAUGAGCCAGUGUCCAAGAUCCUGUGCCAUGUAGAAGAUGGGACCAUUGUCCAGCUGGACCGCUGGAAUCUCCAGGUUGAGCGCAACCCUGAUUUGCCACAGGAUGAGCUGGAGGAUGGGGCACGUAAGCUUCCUCUCAGUGUCUUCAAUAAUUACUUCAGCCUUGGAUUUGAUGCACAUGUUACACUGGAGUUCCAUGAAUCUAGAGAAGCAAAUCCAGAGAAAUUCAACAGCCGAUUUAGGAAUAAAAUGUUUUAUGCAGGGGCAGCCUUUACAGACUUUCUGCAAAGAAGCUCAAGAGAUUUAUCCAAGCAUGUUAAAGUUGUGUGUGAUGGUACAGACCUGACUCCAAAGAUCCAGGAGCUGAAGUUCCAGUGUAUAGUGUUUUUAAACAUACCCAGGUAUUGUGCUGGCACAAUGCCCUGGGGAAACCCUGGAGAUCACAGAGACUUUGAGCCUCAGCGUCAUGAUGAUGGCUACAUUGAAGUCAUUGGGUUCACCAUGGCCUCACUGGCUGCUCUCCAGGUGGGCGGUCAUGGAGAGAGGUUGCAUCAGUGCCGUGAGGUGACACUUUUGACAUACAAGUCUAUUCCAAUGCAAGUGGAUGGUGAACCGUGUCGAUUAGCUCCCUCACUCAUUCGAAUCUCCUUAAGGAACCAAGCCAACAUGGUGCAGAAGAGCAAGAGGAGAACAUCCAUGCCUUUGCUGAAUGAUAUCCAUAAAGUGCAGUCUGCUGACCUGAGGAGAGUCUCAGCUCCCCCCGAUUCCUUCACUGUUCCUCAUUCCAUCCCAGAUCGCCUGCGGAUCAGAGUGAACAGGAUUAAUUUACAAGAAUAUGAGGGGCUACAUUACGACAAGGAAAAACUCCGGGAAGCCUCCAUUCCCCUAGGAAUUAUAGUUGUACGAGGAGAUUGUGACUUGGAGACCUGUCGUAUGUACAUUGACCGUCUACAAGAGGACCUACAGUCAGUAACUUCUACUACACAGAGAGUUCAUUACCAGGACCAGGAAAGUUCUUUCCCCAGAGUACUUUCUGUUCAGAGGCUAUCUCCUAGAUGGUGCUUCCUAGACGCAACUUCUGCUGAUCGUUUUUACCGCAUUGACAGAUCUCAGGAACAUUUGCACUUUGUGACGGAAAUUUCGCAGGACGAGAUUUUUAUUUUGGACCCAGAGCUGGUAAUGUCACAGCAGGUGGGGACGCCACCAGGAAUGCCUGAUCUGGUAGUGGAGCAGGCCUCUGGAAUAUCAGAUCGGUGGAACCCUGCGGUUCGAAAGAGGAUGCUGAGCGACAGCGGCCUUGGCAAGAUUUCCCCACACUACGAGGUACCUGACAAACAAAAGGACGCCAGCCAGACACAUAUGCUGCAGUCACCAGUCUCUUCAGAAGAUCAAGCACUUUUACAGGCAGUCAUAGCUGGUGAUCUGCUGAAGUUCAUAGAAUGCUGUAAAAAAGGAGCCAAUUUGUUAAUCCAAGGACCUGAUCACUGCUCCUUGUUACACCAUGCUGCCAAGACUGGGCAUGGCGAGAUUGUGAAAUACAUCCUAGAGCAUGGUCCAUCUGAAUUACUGGACAUGACAGACAGUGAAACGGGUGAGACAGCAUUACAUAAGGCAGCCUGCCAGCGCCACCGCGCCGUCUGCCAGCUCCUGGUGGAUGCGGGAGCCUCUCUGAGAAAGACGGACUCCAAGGGUAAGACCCCUCGUGACAGGGCUCAGCAAGCUGGUGACCCAGAUCUGGCCUCCUACCUGGAGAGUCGACAAAACUACCAAAUGGUUUCACAUGAGGAUCUGGAGACAGCAGUCUGAUUUCUGAAAACAUCGAAGAUGAUCAUCCUUGGAAAUCGCAAGGCUGCACCUGAAGCACUCAGGCGUCGUAUGAGGAAGAAGCUGAUGGAAUCAACGUGUCUCUGACUCUCAUGGAAAAUACCUGAGGACAUGCCACCAGUUUCUAAGGGCUACUGAGUCUUGCCACGGAACAGUUAGGUUCCAUAAGUUAGCCCACGAUGGAUGAGGCGGGACACUCAAAGGUCUGUGGAAUCCAUGGGCCACGGAAAUUUACCUUUAUUGCUUCCAGCAAGUAGCAUGAACUUCUCCCAUGUUCAUCUGUACAAUUUAUUUAAAAAAAAAAAAAAAAAAGGAAAGAGAAAAGAGGGUGUGGGGGAACCAAACUCACUGGGACAUUAAAAUACUGAACCAGGCCCUCCUCCAUACCUACAGUUCCCUGCAUUCCUUUUAUUCUCCCAUUCCCCUCACUUCUCAUCAGUUCAAUAGUACCUGUUAUCUCUGCGUUAAGUCUUCACAAAUGGUCAGGCAGUAGCAAAAAAUUUGAGGAGCUCUGGAUGCCCUUAGGAAAAAUCCAAUGUUUUCACUGGCUGCAUUCCCUCCCUCGCUGUCCUCUCAGAAGCUGCAUCCUCAGUGCUCAAUCACCGGGGAGCGUUCUCACUUUUGGAGAGGACUCUGCCUAUUGCCUUGUUUCCCAGGGUGUGGGGCACAGUUAGAGUUACAGCAGUAACAAAACCUAACCUCCGCAUUGUUGCUGGGUAUACGCUUACGGUAUCCUCAUGAGACAGUCAUUUGUACGGAAAGGAGUUCUAUGGGAUACACCACGUUGUAUAGCAGAGCAGAAAGGUACCAGUAAGGUUUCUCACGCCACCAUUGCGUCUGUAAUUACCGACCUGAUUCUGCUCAGGUUUCAGGCCUGCCUAAAGGUGAUAGCUAUUUUUUACUUUUGAAAAGAUGGGUUUUACACUGGGGAGGGAUCUGUGCAAGACGGAGGGGGUUUUGAUGGACCGACUUAUGGACCAGUCCCCCUUUGUGUUACGGCCAGAGGUAGGAAGGAGACCUAGAACAUCAGCAGUCAGCCUAGGCUUGCUGGCAUCAACAAACGAAUGAGCACCGCCCUGGUUGCACUGGGAAUAAUAGGAAAUCCUUCUUCAGCUGAAUAUGUAAACUACCCAAUUCCCCAAGGGAACAAAGUUUCAGAGAGGCUAUCGCACUGGAGAAGGACACGCGGCAACUCUUUCCCUCGUUACCCACUACAGGCUUGGAAACGUAAGGUUGCUUAGCUGCUGUAAAGGCCAGCCGUGUCUUCUGUACUCAUCUGUUCUGUCUUACCUCAAAGAUUAUAACCACAAGAGAAGAGAAAGCAAACACACAUACACACAGGCAUACACAAAAUAUUCACCUUCAGGUUUUGGAUUGCUGCAGACAACUCAGCUGCCAGAAAUAGCAGAGCUUCCACUUCCGCUUUGUCUGACCAGUUCCCGUGAAGAUGCUCACGGCCCACUUUUGGCAUAAUUCUUGCAAUAGAUUUUUGAAUUUUGCUUUGUUGUUUGUUUUGAAAGAUCUACCGGUGUUUGUUUUCACACACCUUGCUUGGUGUAGGUCUCUGGUAGAUGGUGAUCAUCGGGAUUACAUGCAGUUUGGAAACCAUGAAAAUAACUCAGGUCAUUAUUCAGAUAAGUUUUUCUUCCUUGGUAGAAGUUGUGGAAAUGAAAUGAAUGUGAUUCUUUUCUUUCUCUUUUUUUCUUUUUUUUUUUUAAACAAGAGUGUUGUGGCAGAGAGGGAGGAGCUGAAAAAUAUAUUUUUUAUUUUUUUUUCUGUUUUCAAAAGUUCAUUUGAUAUGAGCAAAAUAUUUCUUUAGUAUUUCUUCCUCUGGAAGGAAACUAUAUAUAUUUGUAAUCUAUAGAUCAAUGGCGACAUGAAAUGUAUUUUGUCUUAUUUUCUGUCUUUACCUUUCUUGUUUAAAAAAUAAAAUAUGAAAGCCAAAUUCCUUCCCUUGAUAAUCAUCCAGGGCCUUGUGGCGAAGGUCAAUAUGUGUAUAUAUUAGAACAAAAUUUGGCAACUGUUAAAAUAAAAAAUCAGAGUAUAAUUCUGAUGUAUGUGAAAAUUCCACAAGGAAGAUCCUCAUGCUGUGGAGUCAUGGUAGGCCUUGCAUCAUUUCCCAGCUGUGAGGAAAGACAUUACUGUCAUAUUUCUAUAUAUUUGACAAAAAUAAGAAUUAUAUUAGUAUCAGUUUUAUCUUUUUGCUUUGUUUUACUGAUGUGAGAAAUGGAGGAAGCUUCAAUGACACCAGGGGCUUGGCUGUGUCCUGUGCUGAGGCCAGACCGGUGCCUGAGCAGAGGACGGCCAGCGAGCUUUUUGCUGCUCCCUGGUCCUUUAGUCCCGUGAAUCAGGUGGAGCAGUAAAGGCUCGCUCUAAUCACAGGUAGCUUCCAGAGGCCACACGUUAAUCAUGACAAGGGAGCUGGGUCUGGUCCCUCUCUGUCCCCGGCGGUCCUCGCCUCGGUGAGACAUCCCUCAUGCCUGGAGGGGGGCUGAAGCAAGGGCUGGCUCUGGAGCGGCUUGGCAGGACGGGCAGAUUUCCUGAGCUCCUUUGUGCCAUUCGGACUGCUCAAAGGAGCUUAGAGCACAUGAGAGAGUCUGGCUUGCCUUUUUCGCCGGCAGCUGGAGUACGAUGCUAUGAUCAGAGUGAGCCUGUUGUGCCUCUGGAAAGCUGCCCGCGCUGUGUGCUCCGUAGGAGGCGGUUACUGUAUGAUGAAAAUAAACCCCAGCACUGGAGAUAGGACGGGAGCUGGCUGUAUGUAGUGCCUUUAAUAUUCAAGGUGUCCCAAAGGACUGCACACUUAAUGCAUUAGAUACUGGCGAUGUAUUGUAUUUGUAGAUAAUAGAGCAUGUAUAUUGUUUUCUGCAAUGGCUCACGCAGGGCCAGGGAUAUCAGAAGUUGGUUCAUUGAGGGAAGUAGUUUGGGGCCAGGAUGCUGCAGGAUUACUCCUCACCACUUUUCAAGUGUGAUGGGAUUCUCAGUUUUGGACAGCCACCAGAAGCAGGCAGACUCUGCAGCAGUUAAAGGUGACACGUACGUAUUGAAUCUCUCGAGCACUUGGGGUCUAGCUUAGCACAGUGUCGUUGUGCCUGCGUUGUGCAGGGCCCAAAUUUCAGUGUGCAGCUGGGAACCCGCUUAAAUUACAUGUAAAACAUUUUGAUUUACUAAAAGUUUCUGUUCAGUGUCUGUGUCUAUUUAUGUGUGUUUAUUACUAUAUAUAUGUAUAUUCAUAAAUAUCAGUAUGCAUAUAUAUAGACGCACACACACAUAUGCGCACACAUUUAGAAUUGUGCCGUUUGAAUGACAAAGUACCUAGGGAUGCUCAGCUAAUGAGGUUGUGGACUGACAAAAUGUCAUUUUCCAUUUUAAUUUGUUAUUAAAUGGGACCCUUUUCAGUAGGACUGAGGAGCUCCUGAAUUGUUCCAUUGUACUGGUUUUACUAUCUCAUUUUGGAGUUAAAUGAAGGGAAAGAAAAUAUUUAUAAUGUUGAUAAAAUAAAAUUACUUUUGUUAUUUAA